AUGUCAAGCAGUUCGCAGAGGCCACACUUCGGCCUAAGAAGGUCGAUCUUGAUCGGCCAUAACCUUAGGAAGCAACAAAGAAGGCGACGCCACCGGUGGCGUCACCUGGUGACAUCACUGGUUACUGUACGGGCAGCCAGCCUCAACACCAGAGAAGUCACCAGGAGUGAGACCAACCUCCAAAGUUCCUCCACUCCAGUGUCUACAUAUAUUCAGCGCUGUCACCUCAUUGAAGGACAAACUCCUCCGCCAUUUAAGCCUGCUGUAACUUGCUCUUUGCCACCUCCACCACCCUCUGUCAAACCUGUGAGCUACGGCUACUCCGCAGUUCCAGUUCAACUAAUAACCUACGAAAUGCCAUUGAUACCAGUAACUUACACACCACCCGCCUCAGCUGUCUUCUACGAGUACUCUUACCCAGCUGUGAAACCUGUAGUGCCGAAAUUUCUCAAAACACCGAUUGUACCACUGAAACCAGUCCAGUACAUGACCACACCCCACUUUGAACAUUCUAAUCCAACCCCCCUGAAGACUCUCAAGUAUUCAAAAACAGUGCCUGCAGUUAGCUAUGGAUACUUACCUCCGCCCAGUGUGUACUUAACUCCUUCCGCCCCGACAGUGAGCUACAAAGGGGAAGACUUGGUGGUGGAGGAGGUGGAGGCAGAGCUCGGGGGUGUUGCUACUCUAUCCUUCGUUGUGGAGGAGGCGGAGGCAGAGCUCGGAGGUGUUGCCACUCUUCCCUGUGACCUGACUACACCCAUCACCAUGGACUCUCUAUCUCUCGUCAUCUGGUACAAGGACGAUGGAAAAUCUCCUAUCUACAGCAUGGACGUCAGGGGUCGAGGUCUGGACGAGGCCACACAUUGGUCUGAGGACCCUAUGUUCAAAGGUCGACUGAUUUAUAAUGUACUAUAUCGUAUCCUGCCCAACAUGGACGUCAGGGGUCGAGGUCUGGACGAGGCCACGCAUUGGUCUGAGGACCCUAUGUUCAAAGGUCGACUGAUUUAUACAGCGGACUACCCAGCCUCUAGUCUCAGUUUACGGUCUCUGACUGAAGCAGACGCUGGUAUUUACAAAUGCAGAGUAGACUUCAAACAUUCCCCAACCAAAAACUACUACGUCAAUUUAACAGUUUUAGUCCCACCUAAAAGUCUGGAGCUGUUUGAUGGUUUAUCAGGGCGGAGGAUAGAGAAACCCACGUUUGGACCUGUAGCUGAAGGAACUAAUGUAGAGAUCGUCUGCACUGCCACCGGAGGCUGGCCCACACCGGCAGUGACGUGGUAUCGCCAGGAGGACGUCGUGGACCCUGUGUCGGACGAUCAGUCUGAUGGACAAGUCAGCAACACUCUGCUGUUGAUGGACGUCACCAGAGAACACUACGGGGCGAUGUACGAGUGCAGAGCCUCUACUUCACCUAACUUCGCAGCACUCCGGGUCUCAGUUACACUUGACAUAUUCUUGGGACCACUGACAGUUAAGCUGAUGGGCCAAAACACACCACUGAGUGCGGGGAAGGAGUACGAGCUGGCGUGUCAGAGUGCUGGCUCGCGGCCACCAGCUACCAUCACUUGGUGGAAGGGGGGCUCCAGACUCGACGUGCCUACUCGCGUCACUCCCAGUAACGAUGGCAACUCCAGUAUCAGUCGUGUCACGUUUAUGGCUGACGUUGACGACCUCGGAUCUUCACUGUCCUGUCGUGCUUCCAACCCCAACGUGCCAGCCUCCGCGCUCGAGGACUCAUGGACACUUAACAUACAAUAUGUUCCAGUAGUUGGGGUAGAACUUGGAAGCAACAUCAAUGCCUCCUACAUCAGAGAAGGCAUGGACGUGUACUUUGAGUGCAGCGUCACUGCCAACCCACUGGCUAGGAGGGUUACCUGGAUGCACAAUGGUCGGCCAGUUAGUAACAAUGCGUCCGCAGGGACGUUCAUCAGCACUAAGACCCUGGUGCUGCAGUCUGUGACUAGAGCCCACACUGGGGCGUACUCUUGUGUAGCCACAAACUCCGAAGGGGACGGCCAGAGUCCUCCAUUCCACCUAGAUAUUAAAUUCGGGCCCCAAUGUCACACUAGUCAGCAGCGUGUGUACGGUGCAGCGAGGCUAGAGAAGCUUACAAUCAACUGUCAGGUGGAUGGCAACCCUCAGGUACGAUGGUUUCGAUGGACCUUCAACAAUUCCGCUGUACAAGGUCGUACUAUCGACAGUUUCGAGUCCGUCCCGACAGGUGGCAGCAGUGUCGCCUCCUACACCCCCGUGGUGGAGUCGGAUUAUGGAACUUUGCUGUGUUGGGGCCGUAACGAAAUUGGUUCUCAGGCAGUGCCCUGUGUUUUCCAUAUUGUACCUGCAGGUAAACCAGACACUCCUUCAAAUUGCUCAGUACCCUACAAAGACCACAGAACUCUUAAAGUGAGGUGUGCCAAAGGAUUUGAUGGUGGGCUACCUCAGCAGUUUGUCGCAGAGGUCCGUGACAACGUCGGGUACCUGGUCCGCAAUAUAAGUAUUCGUGGAUUACUGGUGUUCAACGUCACUGAGCUUGAGCCUGGAGUCACAUACAACAUCACCGUGUAUUCCAGCAACGGCAAGGGUCGCAGUCCUGACGUAGUACAGCUGUUAGAAACCACGGAGAAAUAUGAACACACCAUACUUUACCAAAGAGUUUCUGAUUAUGGAAUGGACGAUGUUGACCCAUUAAUGCUGAUGGCUAUUGGAGCAUGCGUUGGCCUUGUCCUAAUAGUGCUGAUAUUUGUGCUGACUCUGCGGCUGAAGCGGAGAAGACAUGCUGCCGAUCCAAAGCCUGUUGUAUAUGACAAGGCUACGUCAGCACAAACCUCUGUCACGCUGCCUCCACCUAUAUCAGAAGACGAGUGCAAUCCUGACGUUAUUCCUACUGAGGUGGAGGAGAUUGAGGUGGGAGUAGAGCUGUCCCCUGUACCCCCAUGGGACACAUCUCAUGUCACUAGUCCUUGCACUGCUGCUUUGCCUCCACUCACCUACACCCACGUGAUAACGGACGUGCCGGUGAGAUGGCAUAAAGGUUGGCCCAGCAGCGAGACUGUCACCCCGUGUCUCAGGAAUGCUGAAACCCAGACAGCCCUCAGACACAAGGAGAGCACCGUCUAGCCCCCGGCCAGUGUAAGGAGGUGCUUAAGGGUUAUUAAAAUUAAAAGCUCGAGAUUCGUAUAUUCAGGCUAAGAGUUGUUCAAGUGCCUUAAACGUCUAAGUGAAGAUGUCAGUAUGCAGAGGAAUUUAGUAUAGUUUAAUUUUAUAUUGGAGUUAAAAGGACUUUUCAAUUAGAAAGUAGGUUUAUUAACAUAUUCAACAACGUACUCGCAUAUUUUCCUUUUUUAGUCUUUUAGACGUGUUUUACUUAGCUAAUUCUGGUAUAUUCGGUACAAUCCAUUUCAGCUGGAAAUAAAGGCAAUGUCAUCAGUCCAAUAUCCACAUUAACGAUCAUAAGUGAUGGUGUUCUGGUCUACAUUGCUUUUGUAAUCACGUUUCUUGUACAUGUUAACGAUUUUUACAUUUAUCAUUUGGUUUCUAACAUUUUUAUAAUAAAACCACACUUUAUAUUAAGUUCUUGAAUACUAAUGAUUUUUUUGAUGCUAUAUAAAAACAAAUAAACUAUUGGGUUCUUUGCAAAUUAUUUAUGACAAACUGGGAAUUUUCUGUCAGCAUUUAGAUUUUCCUAGUAAAAAAUACCAAAAAAUAUUUUAAAAUUUAAAAAUAAUAAUAUUUUAAUGCAACCAUUUGCUUAAUAUGAUAAUUAUGGGUUUGAUAAAAAAUAUCUGGUUAUAAGGUUGUUCCAAAUAAACAAAAUAAGACCAAAGCUGUGUUUACUUUACAUUUCAAACAUCUAUCUAAAAAUAUUGAUUACUGAGGUCAAUAAUAGUAUUUAGAGGUUUUAGUAACCAAACCAUUGUUUAAAUAUAUAUUUGUUAAUAUAGCAAAGAAAAAAAAUUAAGGAUCAGAAUAUUUUUUUUUAUAUGAGCUAGCUAUUGGAAUUCAUUUAAGUCAAAAUAUAAUUUCAAAUCAACAUUUAAUUAUAUACUAUAAUAUGUAAUACGUGAUUCAUACAAGAAAGGUUUUCGUGUUUUAAAGGCUAGUUCUUAGCCUCUAAAGCCACUUUAAAAAUGUAUUUUCUUUUGAUUUAACUCCAAAGAUACAGUUUUGAUCAAUUUCAAUUUAUUUGUACCUCAUAGCAUAAAAUACUGAACUCUUUUACACAAAUUACAAAAAACUUUUAACUACCUUAUAAGAACUUGGUUCUCAAUUGAAUUAGUAGGUCUAAAUAUACGUAUGUGUUAUUUGUAAAAGUAUUGUUACGAUACUUACACAA